CAAGUGGGAGUUCUUAUGUGUACUGGUUUGAACAGUGCUUACGCGCUUGGAUAUGCUGGCGCAAUCAUGGCACCUCUGGGAUGGAUUGGAGGUGUGAUUGGUUUGAUGUUAGCAGCAGUGAUAUCAUUAUAUGCUAAUGCUCUAAUUGCCAAGAUUCAUCAAUAUGGGGGAAAGAGGCAUAUCAGAUAUAGAGACCUUGCUGGAUUCAUAUAUGGUCAGAAAGCUUAUGUAGUUGUUUGGGGAUUACAGUAUGCAAAUCUAUUCUUGAUAAAUAUUGGAUAUAUCAUUUUGGGUAGACAGGCAUUGAAGGCUUUCCAUAUUCUCUUUAGGGACGAUGAUGAGAUGAAGUUACCGUACUUCACUGCAAUUGCGGGAUUGGGAUGUGUUCUUUUUGCCAUUGCUGUACCACAUUUGUCAAGCCUAAGGGCUUGGCUGGCGGCUUCAACAUUCUUCUAUAUCACCAUAACCUUUGUUUUGUCUCUUAAAGAUGGUAUGAAUGCUCCACCUAGGUACUAUAGCAUUCCAGAUGCAAGAAGAGUUUUUGCAACUAUUGGUGCGACAGGAAACCUUGUUUUUGCAUUUAACUCCGGAAUGGUUCCAGAGAUCCAGGCUACUCUUAGAGCACCUGUUGUCGACAACAUGUUGAAAGCCCUAUAUAUACAUUUCACUAUAGGACCUGCACCUGUUUUUGCCGUUACAUUCGUGGGAUAUUGGGCUUAUGGAUCAAGAACGUCGUCCUAUUUGCUCGACAAUGUCAGUGGCCCAGUUUGGGUGAAGGCACUAGCCAACCUUGCUGCUUUCUUGCAAUCCAUCAUAUCGUUGCACAUAUUUGCAAGUCCAACAUAUGAAUUACUGGACACCAAAUAUGGAUUCAAAGGAAGUGCAGUCGAUUUUCGGAACAUUGCAUUUAGAACAGUAGUCAGAGGUAGUUAUCUAGCAAUUACUACGUUCUUGUCAGCACUAUUACCUUUCCUCGGGGAUUUCAUGAGCCUCACAGGUGCUAUCAGCACAUUUCCACUCACAUUCAUUCUCCCCAACCAUAUGUACCUUGUUGCCAUGAAAAAACAGUUGUCUUCACUACAAAAGAAGUGGCAUUGGCUAAAUAUUGUCUUUUUUGGUUUCGCAUGUGCUACUGUUUUAGUAGCUGCCUUCAGGCUCAUUGUAGUGGACUCAAAAACUUACCACAUAUUUGCAGAUUUAUAA